AUGAUGUUACCAUUAUACGCACUUUUCCUAAUACCUCUGGUAGAUGCAUGGACGUUCCGCACCACCAACGCAACUGGUGCUACUGAAAUUUCCCGCGGUGAAGAGGAACAACAGUGCACAAAUGCUACCAUCGGUAACGGAAAGCUUUUUACUUGGGAUCCUGAGGGAUCCAAGCUAUGUGUCUCAAUAUACCGCGACACCGACUGUGAUUCAAGAGCGGGAUAUUCGUGCACGCUGUGGAGGAAGAAUGCCAGUGACGAGUUUUUGGCUUUCGAUGUUCUACUUGAGGGCGAGAUUGAGGCCAAACACAAGACCUCUACGCUUGCUGUAACAUCGACGUCUACAUCUGCAACGGAAUCCACACCCACAUCCACAUCCACAUCAACAUCAAAAUCCUCUUCCUCAUCUACAUCUACACCCGCCUCCACAUCUGCAUCCACCUCUUCAACUGUAUCCCCGGCAUCCGCAUCCGCAACCCCCACCGAGUCCACCGCAGUCUCUGUGGGAAAUGCCAACAAUUCCUCCCUGUCCGGGGGUGCUAUUGCAGGGAUUGUGGUUGGCGUAGUAGCAGCAGUCGCCAUUGUCGUUGCCUUCAUUUUUGUCUUCCUCAGAAAAAAGAACAAGAAGAAUACCGCUGUUUCUAAUCAGCAUGGUGGUUACGGGCCCCUUGAGGUAGAUGCUACUGGGUCUUCGAGAAGCGGUACUAUGGUCGCAGAGAAUGCAUCAAACCCAAUUGUGGAGAAGGAAGCAGACUCUGUACACCCAUUCAGAUCUUCGCCUCGAUCUCACGUUGUUGAAUUGAUUGGUGAUGGAGGGAGUGCCGAGCUGGGCAGCCACCAAAUCAGUGAGAUGGAUGGGACCAGCGCUAACCGGACUUUUAAUUAA